GCGUAGGCAAGUCUUCCAUCCGUUCUUCCUACUUCAGCUUCGAUCAACUGUUCAUUGAAAGCCGCGUCAUUUUCCUAUCAAAAGAGUUUCAAGACAUUUCAUUCUUGGCAUUCAAUCGUUGCAUGAAGUGAACACGAUGUGGUUGGAAAUCUUGUGUGUCUCGGUGGUUAGUUUGUGGGCUCUAUAUUGGUAUCUCACCAAGGAUUAUAAGCAUUGGACCAACUUGGGGAUUGCCCAAGAUGAACCUUCUUUCCCAUGGGGAUCGCUUCUCGGCGAAGUCAUCAAGGGAAAGAAAUCUUCGGCUGAGCUUCUCCGGGACCAAUACGACCGAUACAACACCAAAGCUUACGGGGGAUACAUCUUUCUCAAGCCCAUUUUGGUGAUCCGUGACCCGGAAUUGGCCAAGAUCGUUUUGGUUCGGGAUUUCAAUAACUUUGUGGACCGAUCCGGAUCGAUCACCCGAGACCGGAGCAAGCAUUCCACACUCACGGACAAAAUUUGGAGCCGACAAUUGACGACCUUGGUGGGCGAUGAGUGGAAAUGCAUUCGAUCAACCUUGAGCCCCAUCUUCACCUCGGGCAAAAUGAAGGUCAUGUUCAGUCUCAUGAAGGUUGUUUCCAACGAGUUUGUGGAUGUGAUUCGCAAGUACUCCGAUGAAGAAAAGGCCUUUGAUCUCAAGGACUUGUGUGGGAGGUUCACCAUGGAUUCCAUCUCCUCUUGUGCCAUUGGUGUAAAUGCCGGAUCCUUCCACGAGGAUGAGACCGCAUUUGUCAAGAAUGCCAAAGGGCUCUUUGAUCGAUCCAUUUUGGCCAUGUUAUUUUACGUUUUAAGUCUAAUUCCCGGGGUAAAUGACCUGUUUGGCCGUUUGGGAAUCUCCGUUAGUAGGCCCCAAGAAACGAAAUUUUUCUACAACGUAAUCAAAGCUACCGUGGAAGCCCGACAAAAGAGUGGCGAAAAACGCAAUGAUGUUAUUGAUCUUAUGAUCCGUAUCAUGAAGGAGGAGGAGAUUGCCGCUCAGGACGAAGAUCUCGACCAAUUUGAAAAUGACGCCAAGUUGAAGGGCCCUGUCAAAAAAGCCGAAUUCGAUGAAUUGACCAUGAUUGCCAAUGCCAUGGUGAUGUUGUUAGCCGGGUAUGAAACCACGGCCACAACGAUGGCUUGGGCUUUAUUUGAAAUUACCAGAGAUGCCAAGAUCCAGAAGAAACUAGCCGAAGAGAUCCAACAAUUUGACGAUCCUUCUUAUGCAGAUUUCAUGAACAUGCCUUACUUGGAUUGCGUGGUGAACGAAUCGUUGAGGAAGUAUCCUCAGGCAACGGCUAUCUCCCGUGGAAGUCAAUCCAAUUAUGUCUUGGAGGAUGUGAAUAUUCCUAUUCGGCAAGGGCACGAUGUUUACGUGAAUGUUAUCGGAAUCCACUACGACCCGCAGUAUUAUGCUACCCCUUAUGAAUUCAAUCCAGAUCAUUUUACACGUGAAGCCAAGGCCGCCCGUCAUCCAUAUGCCUUUUUACCUUUUGGCCAUGGACCCAGAGCCUGUAUUGGAAUGCGAUUUGCCAUCUUGGAGUUGAAAAUUGCCUUAUUCUAUGCUGUGCAGAACUUCGAACUCCUCAAAUGUGAGCAGACUCCCGAUGUUGUGGAAUUCGAUCCCAAAAGUGGAUUUACGUCCUCCAAGCAUCCCCUCAUCAUCAAAGCGUGUCUAAGAACCUGAUAUGGAAUUUUUGGGAUUUAUUUUACAGAAAUGAUGAUAAUUUUCCAGACUUUAUGAACGCAGCUACUGAAAAUGUGUAAAUUUGAGAAUCACGUGCAACCUUUUCGUAGCUGUUCUGAUAUUUAAUCUCUCAACCUAUUUUUUCUCCUCAAAGCGGUUUGGUUUUGUGCAGGUGUUCUGAUUAAAAGCUGAAGACGAAAAAUA